AUGUUCUCCUUCCGUCCAACAAGCACCUCAUCGCCAGCCAAGUCAACUGCUACCACUCGAAAUACCUCCGGCCUACCCUCGCGCUUCAACACGACCAACACGACGGCAGAUGCCUCCAGAUCUACCGCGACUUCCCUCACCAAAUCCGACCUACAGAACCUGUCUCCAGGCGAUGUUCAGUUCCUCGAUGCCGUAAUAGCUCGUAUACCCCCCAAUGCCACCUCCUUUCUUGCCGGUCUCAAAGCGUAUAAUGACGAACUGCACGAGCGCGGCUGGGAUAGCCAGACUGAGACCGUACAUUAUGGUAGACUCCUCGAGCUUUGCAAGCUUCGCGGACCCAGCUGGACACACAAAUGGAGCUCUGUCAGAUCGCAGUAUGGCUACAGUGAAAAUAUGUCUACAUUGAGCUCCAGCUCGCAGUCACCCCCUCCUUCCAUGACGCGCCGAACGCCCGGCCUCACCGCACUUUCACGCGACGAAGACGAUGUUUUCACCUUGCAUUCGCACCAAGAUGGAGCUCAAAUGGAGGAUGGGGAAGGCGAGAGUUCAGGAUUAUGUCAUACUAGUGUUACUUCACCCACUCCGCGCAAACAUAGAACGCACUCUUCGUCAGAACAAACUACAGCCCAAGCUACCGGCCGUUUGUUUGUACCUUGGGAUAAAGAGACGAAUGCAACAGAUAUCACUCCAGCGCCAUCAUUGUCAACCACCCCGCCGUCGUACCGGACAGCUGUUAACCAGCCUAGUUCUCCGCUAACUACGCACAACCAUCUCGAUGGCAAGAUCAAGAUGUCCACGUUAAUGGACACUCGCUCCCUCUCCCCAUCCAAGACGAGCUCCCGCAAGGGCCCUAUGGGUUAUGCAAGGAGGAGUGACAGCAACAUCAACGAAGCUGAUGCUUGGAGAAAAAUCAAGGAGCAGCGAGACGAAGAGGACGCUGUCAGGUUCUAUCAGGAUAGGCUGGCAGAGCGAUGUUGGGAUGUCUGGAGAUCGGGGAAGCAGUGGAUCCAUACCAGAGACCAGCAAGUAGACGAAGCCCGUAAAAAUCUCAUCUUGGAAACAUACCUUCGGAAUUGGCGCAAUUCUACCGCUAAUGUAAUGGACCAACAACACCAAGCGGAUAAGACCUACGAUACCUCUUGUUUACGAAGAGUACUGCACGUUUGGUCGCUGAGGAUUAGACUGAAACGUCAGGCAGCAUGGCGAGAAGACAUGCGCGCGAAAAUGAAAGACAUACGCAACAGACGGGAAGCAAAGCAACGGAAAGAUGCAUGGGCAAGAUGGCGUCAGCUGUAUUUGUCUCAUUUGAAUGAAUUGCACUUUCAGGAACGACUAGCCCACCGGUUCUUUCGUUGUUGGCAGGGAAAAAUGAUAGCGCUGGACGCUCUUGAUAGCAUGGCUGACAAUCAGAUAGCAAGGCACGAAGGCAGAGUUAUACUCAGGGUGUUCGAGCAGUGGAAAAGAGUGCUGUCGGUCAGGGAAGCAUCGCAGUUGGUAGUGAAGAAAUCACAACUAAGAGUCCUGAGAGAGGGUGUGGAUGUGUGGAGAAACCAGCUUCACAAUCGGCGACUUGCGUCCAAUUUUUAUGAUAAGGUGACUAUGAAAAGGGCUAUGAAGACCUGGAAAGCCUCCCGAGAUCGGAUACAGAACCUCGAACGGCGCGCUGACAAACACACCCGUCGACAAGAUACCAUCCUUGAAUGCGCUGUGAUGCGGGUGUGGAAAGCUCGCGAACGAGCCAGUCUUCUUGAAAGGGUCAAAGCAAUCCGUAUACUCAAGUAUGCAUGGACAACGUGGAUCAAUGUACUCAGCGCUCAACGAGGUCUGGAAGCUGAAGCUAUUCAAUUCUCGAUGCGUGUGUCAUCAGCUUGCGCCAUUGAAUCAUUGCGAAGCUGGCGGCAGACAUAUCAAAUAUCUCAAAGUCGUCAUGCCUUUGCCGUACAACGCCACUCAGCAAGAAUACAAUCAGACGCGCUUUUCAAGUGGCGAAUUAUACUUCGAUCAAGGCUCAAGCUGGUCAAACAGGCCAAAGUUGCCGAUAUGUAUUUCCUACAGAGACGGGCAUUGAAAGCCUGGUACGCGCACCUGCAACAACGGACGAGGGAAAAGAAGGUACAGGACUUCCAACGGAUAAAAUCUCAUGCAUCUUUCAACGCGUGGUUGCAAAGGUCACGCGAACAGAGAUGGAGAAACCUGGCCGAACAACAGGUUUCACGCCGUGUUUCCCUGCGGGUGACGAGUGACGCGUUAACGCGAUGGACGAACCGGGUAAUAGACAUCAAGCUACGUGAACUGGAUGUCAAACAGCGAACCGAGGUAACCAUGCGAACAUUCAAGAAGUGGAAGUUCAUUUGCGUAAGGCAUUCGGAAGAGCUUAGUUUGAUGGAGAGUCACCUUGAUAUAAAGAGAUUAGAAAAUAUGCGUCGCAUGUUCCACCGUUGGCUGAGUGCUUCUCGUGCUCGCCUUCGUAAACGGGAGACCAUUGCAAAGAGUGAGGAGGAGAUGAGACGGCGAAAGAUUACCGCAGCUUGGGACAAUUGGCAGGAUCGUUUCAGAGACCAGAAACUAAAACCUAUUGAAUAUCAAUUGAUAGUUCAAAGUCAGAGGAAUUUAGUCUUUCGAGCCUUUGGGAUCUGGCACUCCAAAACUAAAUCCUUACCUGCUAUUCGUUUCGAUGCAACACGAACAAAGGCUAAGUAUUGGGAAGUUUGGCGAAACCUCACCCCCGACGUUUCCUUGAUCAACAAAGCUCGCGAAUGGCACCGAAGGAUGGUUCUUUCUAGAGCGUUGGAAAAGUGGGACGAGCAGUACCGGACAAAACGACAGCUAAAGGAGAUAGCGCGCGCUCGAUAUUUACGGUUACCGGCUCCUAAGCCGCCUGCUCGAGCAGCAUAUCCGUCAACGAGCGCGGCAACCCUUAUAUCCCUUCGGAAUCCUUUCCCUCGACGCAAUACACAUUUGGAGACCGAUACGGAAGACUCGGAUGCUCCACUACCACCUCGUCCACAACGUAGGCCCACUGUUCCAAGUUUGCGGCCUGGGACUACAAGGAUGCUCGUAAGGCCUCGUCCUACGGAUGCAUUGCGGCCCUCGACAACAACACGCAACUCAAGUCCAGCUCGUUCUGUUGCGGCCCGGUCAACGGUCUCCGCAAUGGAGCCGGAGGCAAAGCAGUCGCCUCGCCCUGUUUUGUUCAACAGACGUCGAUUGAGCCCUACAAGAUCCAAGGCCUCUGGCCACUCAAGACGAGAUCCAAGUCCGGCUCCGUCGAUGGUUCCGAGCUCGGCAGCAGGCGAACCUGAGCGAAGUCGGCUCUGGCAAGAGCUGAGACAGGUCCAGCGCAGGUCGCAGCCACCCACGGAAAAAUCAUAA